AAUUAUGCAAAAGAUUUCAUCAUCACACGCCCCUGAUUUACAAUAUUUUUCUAUGGCGUUUCCUGCGAAUUUGGGGUCAAAUGAAGCCUACAAAGUGACAACUUUCCAGUCAAGUAAACUGAAUUGGCUAAGUGCAGCUUAGGCAGGUGCUAGCCUCAACCCUAAUAAAAUGCGUAUUGGGGACGAAAUCGGCGAGUUCUAUUCGAAAAAGAAACCCCUUAGAAACAAAAACCGACACAGCAGCACACCGCCUAACAAACAUGCAACACAUGCAACAUACUUGACUCGAUGGACUUUGGAUUCUUGCAGCAUAAGAAAAGCAGAAAGCCGGGGAAGAAUGAAAGGUAAACAUAAAGAACCAAACGAAAACUAAACGGAUAAUUAGCCCUAGUUCUACUUAGAGUCAAAAACUUUAGUUAGUAGCUGUGCAUACCUCGAGCCAAGCGGACGUGUUAAAGGAAAAUUAAAUACAAAACGGAAAAUUUUAAGAAGGAUAUAGAAAUUGUAAAAAAGGAAAAACUACGCAAUACACAAAAGGAUAUUAUUGAAUCUCUUUGAAACGGGAAAACCUAGAGAACCAUACGAAAACAAAAUCGGUCUAAAUAUUGUACACAUUAACUGGGCCGUCUUUAAGAUGAAGUAUUUUGAAUUCCUAAGCCUGUCGUCGGUGGGCCUCUGCAUAGCCUGCGGAGACUUGUUUUUAGCUCUGAGCAUACUGGGACCCUCGAGCUAUUAUCUAUACCUUGAUUUCAUGGAUAUUGAAACAUGGGAGCAGGAUACCGAAGUGGAAGCUUUGACUCCCAUUGGAACCUUCUUCUCCACAUUGGUGAACUAUCUGUGGGUGCGGGAGUUCUCGCAGGUUUUCUAUAUGACAGCAACGUUUAUCAUUUGGGUAAAGGCAAUGAUAAACCUAAUGGUGGCCUGUAUUCUUGUCGACGGCAUUAAACAGAAACGUCUCGUGUGUAUUGCUCCAUGGUUGAUAAACUCCUGUCUAUCAUUGGUCGUUGAAACGGGAAUUUUUGUGAGUCUGGAGCUGAGAAUUGAUGAAGUUGAUGCUGCAGUGGAUCGUCGAAUAGCGAGAAGCCUAAUCUUUGGCGUAUUUAUAGUGCUGAACGCGCUAUUUUCGUAUGGUAUCUAUGCUCUGUAUCGAAAGCUAAAGUCUGCGCCCAGCGAGAAUGUUGAAGUCAUUCCCCAAAAUCCUCACACAUUUAAUGCCUGAACCCCGAUAUAAACCACUAUCAAGGAUUUAAUGUUUUGGAAUCGAUUUAAAUAAAA